CACGGGCAGUCGAUGCCUGAAGCGCGCUCGGGACGCUUCGGGGGAGUUUGAGCGGGUUGUCGCCUUGCUCUGCAGAGCGCGGUCCAGCGACGCGCGGUAGUGCGGUCGUGGGCCCCGCCCCCCUUCUAUUUCACUCGGCGGCUGGCCGCCCGAUGCAGUGAAGUCCCUCGCCCGCUCGCACCCGCCUGUCGCCCUCGCUUUCGCUUCCGGUGAUUCCACCUGCGCGUCCAACGUUGAACAGCAGUAGCGGCGAAGCGCGGUCUCCCUGCAGUGAUCAAGAGGUUUUGCCCGACGCACGAUAUUCCCGCAUGGCGCGCGACACUUGAAAGAAGAGUCGGCGGUCUGUCGGCACUGUAGGAGUUGCCGCAAUGAUGGCCCCUUUGCUGAGGCAUAUCUUCGCCGCCCGGAGUGUCGGACACCUGUUCAGGUACGCAACCCUACUGGCGUUUUCAGUCGUUGCCUUCCACUCAAGAACCGUGUCCGAAGCCGCAGGACAUGGCUCGCCGAAGUUAUGCGACUCAACCUAUCAGCCCAUGUACUGUCGCUGCAACGUCGAAGAAGGCGAUGGAGAAGACCCAACUGAGGUGCAGUGUUUUAUCACAGCGCAAUUCGCGACGGAUGAAGCCUUCCUGAAGGUCUUCGAAGGAAGAGCGUCCGUAGAGUCACUGGGCUUCACAACAUACGGUUCGGGCACUCACAAGAUGGACUUCGUGCCGACUGACACACUGAGCAAAAUGCCCGGCCUGGAGAAGCUCAAGUUUUCCCAGAUGAACCUCGGAAAGCUGGGAAAACGAGCCUUCUACAACCUAAGCCGACUGGUGGUGCUUUCGUUGGACUCCAACGAGAUCACAGCUCUGGACAAGGAGGCGGUCUCCCAUCUACCACGACUUCGCAAGCUCGAGAUCGCCGACAACAACCUGACGGCACUAGCUGCUGGGGUUCUGACGGAACUGCCCUCCCUUACGCACCUUUACUUGGAGAAGAACCAGAUCACCACUAUCGAAGACAUGGCCUUCGUUCACCUGAGCAGUCUUAGCGAGUUGGACCUCAGCGACAACGCCAUCGAGAAUCUCACCGAGGGCACGUUUAAAGGACUUGCUCAACUCACCCGCCUGGACUUGUUUCGAAACAAGGUUCGCAGGCUAGGCGCCCGAGUCUUCGGAGGCGCUCCCAUGCUAGCAGAGUUGGAUCUCAAGUACAACUCCAUCGACGAAGUCGACCCGCUAGCAUUCGAUGGUCUUCCGCAACUGGCGAUCCUGUACCUGUCGUACAAUCGCCUGCGCGUGCUGCCGGCCAACAUGUUCCUAGGCGCUCCCAACCUGCGGACUGUGGACCUGUCGCAGAACAAGCUGGUCACGCUCACGUGGAGGACGCUGCAGGACUUGGUGAACAUCGACGCCCUAUCGUUUGACCUCAGCCUCACUGGCAACCAGUUCGGCUGCGACUGCCGGCUCGCUUGGAUGCUGCACCUGGAGAACAUCACUCACAGUGAUAAGUUUCGCAGGGAACUGCGUCACGUCAAGUGUGACUUCGACGCCACCGACACUGGUCCAACUGCUAAGCCGGGUGUCGGCAGCUCCAAGGUGGCCAGGCUGAGCCUGAAGCAACUGGGCUGCCGCGAGGACUACGAGCAUCCCAGGCUGCGAGCUACCCAUACUGCUUCUUUCCCCUCGCCUUCGUUCCCGGCGCCUGGCAGCCAUGAUUACGAUGAUGAUGACGAUGACCCGAGGAUCACUUUGGUCGGUAUACUCGACGACAGAACGACGAAAGAAGGUAGUACCACCGAUGGUGACCAAGACAUGGUCGAAGCGUCUUUGCUCCCAACAGUAGCACUGCCAGCGUCCGAUACUCAAGGCGAAGGAGAGGCAGUUGGUGAAGACCUCAGCAGGAGCGAUCAUUCGUCGAACAACGACAUCGACACGGUUCUCAGUCAGCAGAAGGCACUCGACAAGUCAGAGCCGGCGCGCAAGAAUAAGCCUCGUCCGGCGGGUGUGAACAGCGCGGCGUUGCACAUCAGCCCGGCGUCAAGUUGUGUCGGCAUUAUGGCGACGUCGUUGAUCGCCCUGGCAAUGUCGACCGACAGGUGAUAGGUAGGCGAUCGCAAGAACAUGCGGACAGGCGUUAUACAGAAAGCAGGUGGUUUUCGCCUCGUUUAAGCGAGUUCCUCUGUUCGCUCGCGUCUGUGCGUGCUGUGCAGAUGUUGCUCCUCUGCUGCCACAUCAGACGGUGUUUCGGCAGCGUUGAGUGCGCGAGUCAAGUGUGGUGCGCAAUACGCAUCACGAGCAGGGCGUGCAGAACUGUGUGUGUGUUUCUUUUUUCUUUUUUUUGCAGCCGAUUGUUGUUCUCGUCGUAUUCAACGUGCAGCUACACUUUGUGUUGUAACGAGUCUUGAUGCAUCUGGCCAUACAAGAGGGUGAAAACAAAACAAAAAAAUUGAUGGGGAGCAUGGAGGAGAGGAUACGGUUCUAUCACUUUUGUUAUCGAAUCUCACUUGUGACGCAAGGGAAUUACAGUAGAUCAUAGGGAUGGUCAAUUAAUUUUUUUAUUCGAUCAACGAUUAAUCAUUCAUCAUUUUAGCGUUUAAUCGAUUAAUCGCUUUCGAUGCAAGUUUUUUUCAUCGAAUAAUUGAUUAAUCGAAACUUUUGACGGCCACUUUAAAAAGUAUGACACACAGCUAUUUACUUUUGUGCGACCCUAUAUUAAAGUUUGAUAGGUGGAACAAGGUCAGAAAUACAAGUGUAUAAAUUUUGAUAAAGAGCAAUUCUUAAUUUGUUAAAGACUAAAUAGAGCUGGCACUAGUGGCCUUUGAAAAGAUAAACAAUAUAUGUUAUAAAAUGGCACUUAGAGCAGAAUUAUAUAGUAUACAUGACACUAGUGAAGCACUGUACAGUACAGUUAAACAAGAAAUAAGAAAAAUGGCAAAAGUGAAAGGUGAACUCCGAUUAAAAUAUGCAAGAAAUUGCAAAAUGCACAGGGGAAAAGAAAAUUGCUGGUUCAUGAUUUUAAGCCGCAUGCUCUUUUCUACAGAGCGAAGGAGAGAGAGAGAGAAAACAUUUAUUUAUCAGGAGUUUGGGCGACUUCCUCGCAGGGUGGAGCCCUUAGUUCAGGGCCCCAUUGGCUCGCGCCACUCCGCGUGCCCGCCGGAUCAGCCAUCGCUGCUCUUGCGGGUCUGAGCUGGCCAGCGCAGUCUCCCAGGAGGAAGGGGAAGGUGAAGGAAUAGGGGAGUAGCCCGGAGGGUGUGGGCACUCCCAGGUGCAGUGAUAUACUGUGGGCUUUGCUCCACAAUAGGGACAGUAUGAGGUAUAUUGUGUGGGGUGGAAGAGGUGAAGAUAAAAGAGGCAGGGAAAUGAAUUAGUUUGAAGCUGUCGCCACGCGACGGCAUCCUCUCGAUUAAGGGAAUUAUGUGGGGGAGGGAAGUGUCUCCUGUUAUCUCUGUAAUAUUGUAGAGUUUCAGUGUAGUUCAGUGGUUCUGUCGGUGCGUCGUCUGGGUUGGACAGCUCUUCCAAUGGCGCCCGGUUAGCGAGCUCUCGGGCUACCGCAUUAGCGCGUUCAUUACCAUGGAGAGAGGCGUGUCCAGGUGUCCAGACGAUACGCACCCUGUGUAACGCUGUGGGGUGUAAUGAUGUAAGGAUGCGGUGUGUGUAGGGUGUCACCCUCCCUUGUGCCAAAGUCCUGCAGGCGGUCUGAGAAUCAGUGACCACUGUGAUAGGUCCAUCCGGCGCCGGCAUGGUUGAAGCGUGUACGAUGGCUAGGGCAAUAGCAGCCUCUUCCGCCGUGCCACUCUCCACAGUGUUGAGCGUUGCCGAAGCUCUCAGAAUGUCUGCACUAUCUAGUACGACUAGGCAUAGGGCGCGUUUCUGUGGGUAGCGGGCCACGUCGGUGUACAGGACUGGAGUGUUUGAUUUGUCAUCGCCAAAUAGGCGAGCGAGGGCUUGUGCUCUUGCCUUUCGUCGACCUUUAUGACGGUCAGGGUGCAUAUUCCGGGGAAUUGGGGCCACGUGAAUUUUGUUGCGAAUGCUAAGCGGAAGAAGUGUGCGGUUUUCCUGUUGUGGUUGUCUUGGUAUUUGGUAUCCUAGCCGGGAUAGAAUGUGGCACCCUUGCAUUGUUCGUUGCAGACGUUGCAGUUGGCUGUUAAAAUGACCUUCAACUAGUUCGCGGAUGGUGUUGUGCACCCCCAGUCGUAGUAAGAGCUGCGUAGACGCAUGUUGGGGUAGUCCCAGCGCUGCCUUUAGUGCCGUACGGAGGAGGGUGUCCAUCUGGUGCAUCUCAGUCUGAGUCAGAUUAUGAUAGGGCAGGUGGUAGGUUAAUCGGCUAAUUAUGAGGGCUUGCACGAUUCGGAGUACGUCUUUUUCUUUCAGUCCUUGUCGGCGGUUUGUAAUGCGCUUUAUCAUGUGCGUUAUUUGGGUAAGUUGUUGGCGGAGCAUGUGUAGGGUAUGUGUGGCCUUCCCGUUGUGUUGUAUGUGAAGUCCUAGUACACGUAGUCUGUCUACCCUUGGAAUAACGUUGCCAUCGAGAUGCAAUGUGAUGGCUGGUGGAAAAUCGGCCUUGUUCCGUUUUUUGAAUACAAGCAGGAGCUCCGACUUCUCAGCUGCGCAUGUGAGUCCUCCGGCUGUUGCGUACUCUUGAACUAUAUUUACGGCUUCCUGUAGUGCGUCUUGCAUGGCGCCGUCUGAUCCUGUGGUCACCCAGAUUGUAAUAUCAUCGGCGUACAGGGCGUGCUGCACGUUCGGAAGUUUGUCGAGGAGCGGUGGUAGCUUUGCCAUCGCCACGUUGAACAGGGUGGGUGAGAGAACCGAACCCUGGGGAGUCCCUCUGCCGGAAAGAUUUAUGAUAUCCGACCGAAUAUCACCUAGGCCGAUGGUGGCUGUUCGGUCGGAUAAAAAGGCUCGGACAUAAUCAUAGAUCCGCUUUCCGCAUCGGGAGAAUGCAAGGUUGUUUAGAAUGAGGUCAUGUGAGACGUUAUCGAACGCUCCUUUGAGGUCCAACGCCAGAAUGGCUCUUGUUUGAGCUUUACUUGGACCAUCCACAACAUCCUCCUUAAGUUGUAGGAGUACGUCCUGCGCAGACAGGCCUGGUCGAUAGCCGAAUAAGGUAUUGGGAAAGAAUCCGUUCACUUCGAGGUGAGGCUGGAGGCGAUUUAGAACUACGUGCUCGAAGAGUUUGCCAAUACACGAAGUCAAGGAAAUGGGUCUGAGAUUUUAGGAAUGUCGAUUGGCUGCGUUGUUUGGGUGAAACGGACACCUUCUGUGAAUGGCCACACAACCAGCAUGCGAGAAUAGACGCUCGGAAGCUAUAGAUUUGCUGGAAUCGACACGAACUCCAUCACUAUAUCGAAUACAUGCUCCAAACCGGCGCGAAUGGUAUGCCCCGUCUUUAGUGGACGGGGAGUGACACCAUGACCAACCACUCGUAAGCCUUGGAUUGAGCGGCGAUUUCAGGCCUCCAGCUUUGAGCGGCGUGGUGGCGUGGCCAGUGGGGGGAGAGGGAGAAGUGAAGCGCUCAGCUCGGCAUCACUCCGGAAAAACAAUCGACAGCCGCUCUACCCCAGGCGCACAGUCACUGCUCGUGCCCCGCCAUUCUAGUGCGAUUUCAAUGUUUUCGUGUCACUCAUUUCAAACUCUAGAAAACGAUUAUUUGAACAUGUCUAAUCGAUUAAGGCAAUUAAGCGCAACGUGGACAUCGAUGAAGACUAAUCGAUUUGCGGUAUGCGUUUAAUCGAUUACUCGAUUAAUCGUUCAUCGAUAUUACCAGCCCUAGUAGAUCUUUCGAAGUGAUGGUGAUGACUAAUGGAGUUUUAUGGCGCAAGGGCCAGCGACGCAACUAAAGGCGAGCGACGCAACUAAAGAGCAUCGCUCGAAGUGACCUGCAUAAAUCUUCUUAGGCACUUUUGGGCAAAUCAUGUUUGGCGAUCAGAAUUGCUUUGCUGCGUUAAUGAAGUGCUUCUUUUUGCAAAGAUAAUUCGCUGUAUGUUUCUUUGAGAGCAAUAUCAUAUAAGCAUUUUUCUUUUAUAUUUCUUUUAUUUGCGUAUUCAUAAUAUAGCGUCUGAACGCUGCAAUUCUACAGGCACUUUCCUGCAUAUGAGACGAAUUCUGCGUAUUUUAUGCUCUAUGCGUAAAGUACAAUGGGUUGUAGAUGCAUAGCACGUUUUUAUUGCAAGAAUUUAGUGACAUUUCAAGCUUUUCGCACCCAUGACCUAACCACGCGACCAAAAUCAAUUCUCAACAUCCAAGGCUUCCUGGCAUUGCCAGUGAGGAGCUGCGCUUUCUCGGCACCUGGCAAUAUUAUGAUGACCAAUGUUACUUGUCUUCAAGAAGCCACUGAUACCUUUAAAUAUAUAUUAUCUACCCUGUAUUUGCCGACUUGUGUUUAGGUGGCUCACAAAAUUACUUUUCCGUGUCCGAUAACAACGUCAUGACAGAUUGUGCAAAGCCAGGUCAGCGUACGCGUAAUGCCAGCGUCUAUGAACAGACCCGAGUGGCUCUUUUUGCAAGAGACAGGAUACGUGCGACAUUUUAAAUGCACCAAAGAACUCCUGCGCUAGCGAUGGCAGCAACAGUAAGCAGACGGAGUCAUUUCUGAGCAAAUUUCAUUCCUCAUGACUGCCAUAAAUGGCCCAGAAAGAAGCAUAAAUACUCACACUGUAGACAGUACCAGGAGCAGCAAGAUCGGACGCAAAGCUUUGGCACUUUGUCAUAGCUGAGGAGUCGUAUGUGACGAUGUAAAAAGUCUAAGCCUAUAUAUAUUCAAUGUCGAUAGACGUAUUCAUUUCGCAGAACUUUUCAUAGAUAGGCAACACAUUGCAAUUCACCGCCACACCUCAAAUCACAUUUUUGUUUUUAUCUGCCGGCACCUUCACCAGCCUUCGCCUUUCUUUUUUUUUUAACCUGCCUCACAAGCGAAAUACGAGUUCGUACACUUUGUGUGAUACAAUGUCCCCGAAGACUUUCUCGUCUGUCUGUCCAUUUUUAGUCCAUAUAGUGUAAAUGACGACUGCGCUCACUUCGCCCCAUAAUCACGGUUGCUGAUGAAGAAUAGCACACUGCCGAAAAUGCAGGUGGCAUGUGUUAUCAUAUGUUGAACGCGAUUUGCCUGUUAAUGCAACCCACAUACACAAUUAUUGAUUAGUUCACUGUACAUGUAGAUUCUGCGCCAUUGUGCAGCAAGAUGUUACAUAUUCAGAUUUCUAAUUUUCGAGUACAUAUUACAAUGCACCUUUCCGCUAACUGUACUUCAAUGUAACUUCUGCAUAAGUGUUUUAAACAUGGAAGCGCACUUCCACACUUGUUCAAUAAAGAAUAUUUAGAAAUAUAUAUAACUCUGUUACUUUCCAGUCAUAACAACCUUCAGUCGGCUGUUAGCGACUGAUUUCUGGUGUAUAUUCUUGAUGUUGUUACUAUUGCUGCUGCUCAUGUUUUCAUGUUGCUGUUGUGUGCGUAUACAUGCGAAAUUACACUGACCGAAUAGCCGACCUAGCGUGUUUUGUGACGAUUGACAUGAGCAAGGGAAGCGCCGUCAGCAUGCGGUAGUUUGUUCAAUAAAAUUUUACCGGCUCAUAA